ACUCUUGUGUUUUGUGUAAUGAGUUUCUGUUCUCACUCGAUGUGUUUCAUGCGUUUAUUGUCGUGUUUUCUUCAGUUUGGGUUGUGUGUUUGAGGCCGGCUUGUGUUUCAAUGACGCCAUGAUGUUAUUUUUACUCGAUGAGCUCACCAGCACUUCAUCUGAUAUCUACUAGCGUUACUACUUAUCCUAUCAGUUUUACUAGUAUUAACUUACUAGUCAUCUCCUGCGAGGAUUCAUUUCAACAUGAGCUGGACUCAAACUUUAAUGGUGUAUGAGGUCCUCACUGGCAAGGAGGUGUGUGAGGUGAUCGCAUUGCUGUCGACGAGUAAAACCCUUGCAGUGAUGUAAAAGACCCCCCUCGUCCCUCAGCACGUCACUUCAUAGAGUCAGGAGACGACCGUGUGUUUUUUUCUCCUUUACGCAUUCCUUUUCUCUUGUCCUCUUUUUUUUUGGCUGGGCCUCGGGCCGUCCGUGGAACACCACCAGGGUGACAUCAUCAGUUACUGCCACAAUGGGGCCGUUCAUCUCCUGAGGGCCCCCGAGGGCCACAUUAGUUAGACGCAGUGAGACGGGAAGAAGAGUAAGACAGAGGGGUCAUGAGUUCAGUGCGGCCCAUCGGGGCAGAGGCACUGGUGGCCCUGCUGGAGGGCGGUUUGGACCGGGUGCUUCUGAUCGACAGCCGCCCGUUUGUGGAAUACAACACGUGUCAUAUCCUGGAGGCUGUGAAUGUCAACUGCUCUAAAUUGAUGAAACGGAGAUUACAACAAGACAAAAUACAGAUUACUGAACUACUGCAGCAUUCAGCCAAAAGAAAGUUUGAAGUUGAGGAUCAAGAAGUUGUUGUGUAUGAUCAGAGCUCACCUGACCCCGCCUCACUUUCAUCUGAAGCCUUUCUCAGCAUCUUACUGGCCAAACUGGAGAAAUGUUUCACAUCUGUUCAUCUGCUCUCAGGUGGAUUCGGAGAGUUCUCGCAUCUGUUCCCAGGCCUGUGUGAAGGCAAGUCCACGUUGGUUCCGUCCUGCAUUUCUCAGCCGUGUCUCCCUGUCACUAACACCGGACCCACGAGGAUCCUGCCCCACCUGUACCUGGGCUGUCAGAGAGAUGUUCUCAACAAGGAGCUCAUGCAGCAAAAUGACAUCGCUUACGUGCUCAACGCUAGUAACACGUGUCCAAAACCUGACUUCAUCGCAGAAUCGCAUUUCUUGCGAGUGCCGGUGAAUGACAGCUUCUGUGAGAAGAUUCUGCCGUGGCUGGAUAAAUCAGUGGACUUCAUAGAGAAAGCCAAGGCCAACAACAGAAGAGUUCUGGUUCAUUGCCUGGCUGGAAUCUCUCGCUCGGCCACGAUAGCCAUCGCUUACAUCAUGAAGAGAAUGGACAUGACGUUAGAUGAAGCGUACAGGUUUGUAAAGGAGAAAAGGCCCACCAUCUCACCAAACUUUAAUUUCCUGGGUCAGCUGCUGGACUUUGAGAAGAAGCUCAAGCGUGCGAGUGAAACGGCUUCCAAACUCGAACCGCCGCAGGUGGAUCCAUUAGAGGAGCCUAACCGCGGGCGAGGAACGGAGGACGGUGGAACGCCAGGGCCUGAUGACGCACCCGAGAGACAUUUACCGACUCGGGCCCUUUGCGGUCUGCAGCUCGGGGAUGAGCUGGAGGAGAACGCCAGGCCCAAGCGCUCUUUCUCACUGGACAUUAAGUCGUACGGUGAGUCCGGAGCAUCGGUGCGAAAGCUAGCCACUCGUUCAGACAUCACAGAGCUCUACAAACCUCCUGUCUACAAAGAAUCAGCCAGCAAACCCUGUCAGUUUUCACCUGUUCAGGAAGUUUCAGAACAAAGUCCAGAGAAAGAACGUGCUGAAGAACGCAACAGCACAGGUGCAGAUAAAACCAGUGCCCCGUCCAAACCGCAGACAGGCUCAGUGAAAUUUGGCGCGAAAGCGUCAUGUCCGCAGUCGUUACAUCGCAGCGGCAGCAUGGAUGAAACCCAGAACGAUUUUCCGUCACGAUCCCAGCAGCACUCGUCCGGGAUGGGUGUGCUGAAGGGCUGGCACUCGGACAUCCUCCUGGGUCCGGUGGCUGGCGGCUGGUACCUCUCCUCUGAAUCAGCCCGGUUCUACUCCGCGUCAGCCAUAUUUAGCGGCACCACAGGGAAUCAAAACAGCUCGGUGGCGGCGUACGGGUGCGGUCAUGAUUCGGAAGCCGUGCGGAGGCGGGGACGGCAGCGCGGAGGGGACUGCGGAGAUUCCCGCAGGAGCUGGCAUGAGGAGAGCAGCUUUGAGAAACAGCUGAAGCGCAGGAGCUGCCAGAUGGAGUUUGGAGAUGGGAUGUCAGAGAAUCGCUCGAGAGAGGAGAUCGGAAAAACAGGCAGUCAGUCCAGCUUCUCCGGUAGCUUGGAAAUCAUUGAGGUCUCCUGAGAUCUGUGUUGGUUUAGACUGUGAUCGGAGAAGAAGAUUUUUCUCACAGUGUUUGUAGAUGAAAACUGCAGCUUGAACGCAUCAUUGAAUGUCACUUGCAUCCGUGUCGUCGUUUCGACUGAGAACUGAGCUUCUGUGUUCUCAAAAAUCUGAACCAGACUGACAGAGGCUCAGUGCACAAACACAUCUUACAGAUGCAUUUAUGAUCUGAAGUCUCUCUUUUUCUUCAAACACACGCAUGCACAACAUGACAACUAUCUAGUACCUCAAAUAUUCAAAAUUAAGGCUUCUUCUUUUGACUUUUCACAUUGAUGUGUAGCUCCUUGAAAAUUGUGAUCUCAGGUCUUUAUUUUCAGCAGGAAUCUGUAUUUGUAGUGGUUUGUCCUGGUGGUCUGUUGUGAUGGUUCACAGUAUCAGUGGAGAUUAUGAAUGACGUCUGCUGGUCUACAAUCACAGCAAA